UCAACAGCUGGCUAUUCGGAAAAUUAAAGUCAAUCAAUACGUUCCCCAACAACCGCCAUGACUUUAUAUCGGGUUUCUCUCUCCACCGCACUCUCUCCUCAUCUACAGUUUCCUCACCGCCGGAGCAUUCAUUUUCAGUCGUUCAAUGUUACAGCUUCUUCUUCCUCCCCUUCUUCGCCGACGACUUCUUUUUCGAAUCAUCGAGUUGUUGUUACACGGGAGCGUGGUAAAAAUGAUAAGCUCAUGAAAGCUCUAGCACCACAUGGGAUCAAUUGUUUGGAGCUUCCCCUAAUUCAGCAUAAACAUUUACCUGAUCUGGACAGAGUUUCUGCUCUAUUAAAUGAAACUACUUUUGAUUGGAUCAUCAUCACUUCACCUGAAGCAGCUCUUGUCUUUCUUGAUGCCUGGAAAGGUGCUGGUUCCCCAAGUGUGAAGAUAGCUGUGGUUGGAACUGGUACAGCAAGCAUAUUUGAUGAAGCUCAAUCCAUUGAUGUUGCAUUUGUUCCAUCAAAAGCAACUGGGAAGGUUCUUGCUUCAGAGCUGCCAAACCAUGGGAAUGAAAAUUGCACUGUUCUAUAUCCUGCUUCUGAAAAAGCUAGUCAUGAUUUAGAAAAUGGGCUUUCUAAACGUGGAUUUCAUGUCACACGAUUAAAUACUUACACAACGGAAACUGUUCAACAUGUGGACCAAAUGAUUUUCGAACAAGCCCUUUCUGCUUCUGUUGUUGCAGUUGCAUCACCUUCUGCAAUUAGAGCAUGGAUGAAUCUUGAAUCUGUGUCAGAGAGGUGGCAUGGUUCUGUUGCAUGCAUUGGUGAAACCACCGCUUCAGCUGCCAAAAGAAUGGGCUUGAGAAAUGUGUACUACCCAUCCAGCCCUGGCCUUCAAGGUUGGGUUGACAGCAUUAUUGAUGCUUUAGGAGUCCAUAAGCAAGUCCAAAAGAUUUCUGCUGUCGGUGUACAAAAAUAAUCGAGUAGGAAAAUCAUGUAAAAAAAAAAAAAAAAAUUGGUUCGCAUUGAAAUGUCAAGAAACGAUGAGAAACUUGGAAGAGAUGCUUCCUUCUUGAAUUUGUAUAUAAAACUCAAAUACUCCUAUUGGAACAAGAUUUUAUUUUUUUUAUUUUUCACUUGAUACAAAAAGAAAAUAUGGUUACAAACAACAAAUGAUAAAAGGCCAAAAUUUAGAAAGAAGGUUCUAAUUUAUCAACACGUACACAAGAUGAUAACCAUUGGUCGGUUUGUUUAUGUGAGUACUUGAUUUGUGUCACUUGUGACCUUAAAUACGGAUUUGUCACCAUCCAAAUAUCACACACACCAUCGAUACUUCAAAACAACUUUUUCCAAAUUAUUGACAUCCAACACUGGCCCCAUAUAUAUAAAUGUGAACCCUGUUAAUACGCAGUGUUGUCACUUUCUACCCCUAUGCCCGUGACACCACGAGAAACCAACAUUAAGAAACAGAGAAAACGAUGGAUGGUAUAAAUGUAUGAUACUGUGUUUGAAGUGUAUUAGACGAGAAAUCAACAUUAAUAAACAGAGAAAAUGAUGAUGGUAUAAAUGUAUGAUAUUCUGUUUGAUGUGUAUUGGACUGAGAUCGAGAUUGAUACUGAUAUUAUUGGGGAUGGGACAUGGGGGUGGUCAUUACUCAUUAGGAUUUCUUGGAGUAUUAUUGGUUAGGUAACAAAUAUUUUUUUUAACUUGGACAAAGUCUUGUGAGUAAAAGGACAGUGGGGUUAUGGUUUUCUGAACAAGUAUUUGACCGGUGGGUACUAUGGAGAUGCAAACGAAGGGGCAAGAAGGUCAGUUAGAAGCAUGUUGUUUCUUAUACACUUUUGUAAUGGUCCCAUCACACGACCACCAGAAUCAUGAAUCAUGCACCAUGCUCCAUCACCAUAUCUCCGUUCAAGAACCUAUGUGGAUGGGAUUGGACCCUCCCCCUCUCCAAAAAGAUGAUGCCUUUUUUUUGUUUCAUCUUUCGACUUUCUUGCAUCUUGAAUUAUGUUGUUGGAUUGAGAUUUGUUAAUGUUUCUACAGUAUUGAUGUUUGUGCCAUUUGUAAUUAAGAGUUCCGGUUUGUUAAUCAGUUACAUGAAACCAUAGAUGUUAAGAUUCCGAACAAACACUGUUAAAAACACGAAAGAAAUGAAGAACGAAC